AUGUUCAGUCUCACGAGAGCUUCGUCCACGAAGACUGCUUUGUCCGGUUCAAUGCGAGUAGCCCCGCGGCUGCUCUCGACUCUCGCAAAAUGGAGGACAUGUAGUCAAGCAACCUUCUCACUCCCUCUUGUCUCGCUCGCCCAGCGUCGAGCAGUACAUGAUCGUGCGCAGCCAGCGUCCUCUGCCUCAUGGAACCUUGAAGAGCUAUGGCGCGUCUCGAAAGCGUCUGGGCCUCUUGUUUUCCAUUUGCCCUCGGAUGAUCCGUACCUCAACCUCUCAAUAGAGCACUACCUGCUCACCAAAUCCUCUCCAGAAUCCCACAUUCUGUUGUUCUACACCAAUCGACCGUGUGUAGUUAUCGGUCGCAACCAGAACCCUUGGCUCGAGACGGAUUUGAAGAGAGUACAGGAAGGCCUUGACCCUGACGAGCAGGAGGUGUCGGAGGCGCGGGGAAGAGCGCCUGCUGGGGAACAACGAUGGACACCGGGUAGACACCUGAGGGAUCGUCCGGCAGGCACCGUACCGGUCGACCUCGUGCGCCGUCGCAGUGGAGGUGGCACCGUCUUCCACGAUGCUGGCAACCUCAACUACUCGAUCAUUGUUCCAAACACGAGGUCCUUCACUCGACGCAAACAUGCUGAGAUGGUGGUGCAAGCGCUGCGGACCCUGAACACCCCUGCGCACAAGUGGCUCUCGUCCGAAAGCCAAAGAAGCGACUUCCCCAAAGUCCGGGUCAACGAGCGCAAUGACAUUGUCAUGCAGCGACCAAACGAGGCCGAAUGGUUGAAAGUCAGCGGCAGCGCGUACAAGCUGACCAGAGGUCGGGCCCUGCAUCACGGCACACUGCUCUACUCCAGCCCGUACAUCCACCGUAUUUCCGACCUGCUGAGAAGCCCCGGUCGCGACUUUAUCACGGCGCAUGGCGUCGAAAGCGUGCGCAGCAAAGUUGGAAACCUCGCUUACACGGCGAGCCGGCAUAUGCGGAACAAUAUCCGAAAGGACAUCACCGAGGCCAUCGUACAGCAAUUCUGGACCAUGUAUGGAACCGGCCAGCUCCGCGAACCCGGCAUCAAUGAGAUCAUACUCUCCGCACCGGCCUCGUUCGAGGACCUGGAAGAGCAGAACCCCUGGCUCGCACAGGGUGUGCAAGAACUUGUAUCGCCAAGCUGGAUAUUCGAGCAGACCCCCAAGUUCGACUUUAGGAGCGGCAUGCUCGACAACCACGAGGUCGACCUCCACGCCGAUAAAGGAGCAAUAAGGUCCAUCGGGUUGAAAAGUCCCGUCCCUGGAUUAGCGGAUAACCCCGACGGAUCGGUGUGGAGGCAGCGGAGAAAGAUCUUUGGCAAGACAGCGGCACAUCACGGCGCCAGCGACAGCGACAGCGACGAGAACGUCAAGCUCUAUCAGGUGCAAGACUGGCAGGCUUUGCUGAGGGUGGCCACCUCGAGCGCGGAAAGGCAGACCCAUGAGAAAACCACAGAGUCCGUGAAGCAAGGGAAGGAUGGAAGCGAGCACGCGGAUGUGCGCGUGAACGUCAGUGAGGGUGUGGGGGAAUGUGUUCCGGACAUGUUGGUGCAGAGACUCAAAGCAGUCUUCCCUCCGUACAGACCAGCAAGGAAGAAUGAUUUACUGUAG